ACUUGGAUUUUCUGCAGGAGAGAGAAGCGUCAAUGUGUUCGCUCGCUGGCACAGCCGAUUAGUGCGGGAGCGAGAGGCGGAACAUCGGAGCCCAGGUCCUCGGCGAGAGGGGCUUGUGGGGGGAGCCGAUGGGCGAGGACUGAAGGGGUCUCCAGCCCGAGUGCAGAGCCGCUGCUGCCCGUCCCCCGCACACCGAGCCCCCGGAGAUGUCCCGCCCGGUCCCGGUCGCCCUCAACUCCCGGUUCGUGCCGGCGACGCACGGGGUCCUCAAGUCGCUGCUGGAGAACCCGGUCAAGCUGCCGCCGCGGCAGGACGACGGUUUCGGUAAGGACGAGAAGGAAAAGCAGCUGGAAGAUGAAGCAGCGAGCAGCACCGUCACACAGUCCGCCUUUCUGGGACCCACGCUCUGGGACAAGACGCUGCCCUACGACGGCGACACUUUCCAGCUGGAGUACAUGGAUCUGGAGGAGUUCCUUUCGGAGAACGGCAUUCCGCCCAGUCCGCCGCACCAGCAGAAGGCAGGACAGCACUCUCCACUCCAGCACCCCAGCGCCUCGCAGGCGCCACCCAUCGACCUCAGCAGGGCCGGCACCUCUGUUCUCCCGGCAUUGAGUCCACAGAACCUCCUACCCAACACGGCAAGGACAGGCCAAAUCCUACCCCCCAGCCGCAACACGCCAAGUCCGAUUGACCCAGAGAGCAUCCAAGUACCGGUCAGCUACGAGCCAGACCCCGCUGACCUGGCCCUGUCCAGCAUCCCGGGGCAGGAGAUGUUCGACCCGCGCAAGCGCAAGUUCACGGACGAGGAGCUGAAGCCUCAGCCAAUGAUUAAGAAAGCCCGUAAGGUCUUUGUGCCUGAUGAGAUGAAGCAGGAUGAAAAGUACUGGGCUCGGCGCAGGAAGAACAACAUGGCUGCCAAGCGCUCCCGGGAUGCACGGCGCCUCAAGGAGAACCAGAUCGCCAUCCGGGCAGCCUUCCUGGAGAAAGAAAACUCGGCGCUGCGUCAGGAACUGGCCGACCUGCGGAAGGAGCUAAGCAGGUGCAAGAACAUCCUCUCCAAAUACGAUGCCUGACACCACCCCAGCAGGCGCCGGAGGGCUCUGGAGGAAGUUUGCAAGACCUGGUCCAUCUUGCCCUCCCCCACCCCCCCACCACCACCCUCCACCACCUGUUCCGAGCACGAGCCAAGAGGGACAAAUUGGCACCAGUUCCAGAGACCUGUGUCCCUUUCGGAAACAGGACCUACCUUCCCCCUAGAAACAGUAAUCAUAGUAAGAUCUUCAAUUUCACUUUGAGUCCCCUCCCUCCUGAAAUCCAGCAUGAACCCUCUCCCCCCCCCCCCACCAUCCAGCACACAAACGGGUCAUCAAAUGCUCUUAAUCUCCCGUUUUUUAAAAAAAACUGUUGUUAGAUAAUUGCAGAGUUUUAAAAUAAGCAUUUGUAGUCGGUCACCCAGAUGGAGCUCUCCAACUCCUGGCUUCUAACGGCAGACACUGUGCCUAUUUUUGGGAACUUGUCAAUUGUUUCUAGAUCCAAGUUCAUUUCUUCCCCUUGCUUUCGGCAAAUAGGCCUGCCUUUCCCCAUAGAAAUAGUCAUCGCAGUAAGAUCUUCAAUUUCGCUUUCAGAGUUCCUGAAAUCCGGCAUGAACCCCCCCCCCCCCAUCCAGCAGCCAAACAGGUUGUCAAAUGCUCUUAAUCUCCUAUUUUUUAAAAAGAAAUCUGUUGUUAGAUAAUCGCAGAGUUUUAAAGAGAAAAACAUUUGCAACCUGUCAUUGACUUCUAACCCCAGGCUGUGCGCUUGUUUCUGACACCUCAUUCUUCCCCAUCAUUCCCACCUUCUCCCCCCACUACUCUCCAACCUCUGAACUUCUGGUGAAGGAGAAAAUGCUCAAGAUUAUAUAUAAUUUAAAUUUUAGUUGUUAACUGUAUCCCCUUUCUCUGUGAUGUAUCCCUAAUGUGCUUUUUAGAAUGAAGACAGUAACCUUUCAACAUUGGUGAACUUCCUACUCCGUGCAUGCUUGUUUAUGAAAACAAUUUAACAAUUGUGAUUUUACUCCCUUCUCCCAACACUCUUCUCGUCUCCCUGAGUGUUAAGGCAUGGCAUGUUGGGCUAAGCUUUUACUUCUCUCCAAACUAAAAGCAAUAAUGGUAUUUAAUGUCAGUGAAGGCAAGGUUUGUGGUUGUCUUGGAGUCCUGAUUGGUUCAAGAGCCUCCCUUUCUCCAAAGCUAUUGAGAUUUCGGAUUGAUCAGUCACUCUUUAUGUCAGCUCCCCCUUCAGAAGUGGGAUCUGGCUGUCUGAACAAGGGGCUCCCAUACCACGAAGAAUUAGCACCAGCUAUAGAGAAGGGGGGAUCAAUUCUCUUUUUAAAAAAAUCUACAAAGAAAUGUAACCCUUGUGGGUUUUGAAGGCCACUUGAUUUUGGAUAUUUGAAUGUAGGUCAAUACAGGCCUCCAGUGAUCAGGGUUCAGCUGUGAAUGGUGGGUAAUUCUUGCUUUCAGCCUGAUUUAUUCUCACCAAAAGCAUAGAUGUUCUAUAUGAUAAUGUUAAUGUUUAUAGAGAGAAUUAUAAAGGUCCUUUUUGUACAGUAUUUUUGAAUGGAAUGCUGACAAGUGUAUUUUAAGAAAAAUAAAGUUAUAUUAUAUAUUGUGUAUUCUAUAAAGAAAGUUUAGAUCAUAGAGCAGAAUGCUUCACUCUUCAGUGGACAGGGAGAGAGGCUUUAACUUCAAUGUUUGGAUAUCUGGGCAGCUGUCUUUUACUUCAACUCAGACACAGUAAAUCAGUUUCUGGAAAGCUAAAGAUUUGUAUAAAGCAGCCCUCUUCAGUAAGGCCCAACAAUACAGAUCAGUCAGAUUGGGUCAGGUGGAUAUGACUUCAAGAUCGCAUCAGAUCAGCUUGUCUUAAGUGAUCUUCACUACAAGCUGCUCAAGGUUUGAGCUCCUUGGUGUAGAACGUGCUUCUCUCUGAGUCUCUCCCCGGGAGUGUGUGAUGGGACAGCGUGGAGGGAGCUUCAGUCUGUGUCUGAUCCUGGGAGUGUGUGAUGGGACAGUGUGGAGGGAGCUUCUCUCUGUGUCUGACCCUGGGAGUGUGUGAUGGGACAGCGUGGAGGGAGCUUCAUUCUGUGUCUGACCCUGGGAGUGUGUGAUGGGACAGCGUGGAGGGAGCUUCACUCUGUAUCUGACCCUGGGAGUGUGUGAUGGGACGAUGUGGAGGGAGAUUCACUCUGUGUCUGACCCUGGGAGUGUGUGAUGGGACGGUGUGGAGGGAGAUUCUCUCUGUGUCUGACCCCGGGAGUGUGUGAUGGGACAGCGUGGAGGGAGCUUCACUCUGUAUCUGACCCUGGGAGUGUGUGAUGGGACAGCGACUGUGUCUGACCCUGGGAGUGUGUGAUGGGACAGCGACUGUGUCUGACCCUGGGAGUGUGUGAUGGGACAGUGCAGAGGGAGGUGUGCUCUCUGUCUUACCUGCAUCUCCCUGGUGUGGGGACAUCUAAUGGAACAUUGUAGGGAGAGCUUUGCCCUGAUCCUAACUUUAGAAAUAUCUUCCCAGGGAAGCCUUGGAACUAUUCUAAUGAGCAAAGUUUUGGUUCAAACCAUUUACUGAGAUUUUUCUCCUUACACAUCAUUCAUGGGGUGAUGUGAUUCCCUGAGAAUUAAUCUCAGCAUUUUGGUCUUGUUCCACUCUAGUUGUUGGCUUGUGGUCCUGAUAAUGUUAAAACCAUGAAAUUCUUCUUACAUUAAGUCAAACUCUAGGGUCAGAAUUCGGCACAUUCUGGGCCCGUGGAGGUGGACUAGAAUUCUGAAACUCUUAGUAAAUGAUGUUGGGUAUAGGUAGCAGGUCAGGUUACAGGGAGAUCUUUGACAGGGUCUUUUGUCAGUCCCUUGACAAAUCAGCAUAGUUAUGGGCUCACCAAUGCUGAUUGCUAUAUGGAAGAGGCAGGCGAGUUGUGAUGUCCUUUAUCUCUCAGAAGCUACUCUGAAGACAUUUUCCAGCAUUUUCUGUUUUGUUUUGGACAUACAGCAGGGAAUGAGUGCCUUUUCAUCAACAAUAAAACCCAUGUUUAACCGGGGAAGGCGUAGCUUACAGAUCAGUGUAUUUGCUUUCAAUUCCUAUUUAUUUAAAGCUUUGAACAAAUAUAAUUGUGACCUCCACUCCCUUUCCUCGCCAAGCUGCAGAAUAUUGAUAAUGAAUCAGUGUGUGGCAGGUGGUGGGAUUUGUCCAAGUUAAGUGCAGGCGAAUGCUUUCUCAGUGCAAAGCAGGAUUUGUAUAUUUACAAAAUGAAAGGGGAACGGCUGAUUGUGAAGAUCCAAAUUAAAAACUGAAAUUGCUGGAAUAGAUCCAUCAAACCCCCAAUGUGUGAUGAAGAUGCAAUUCUUCAAAAACACGGUCUCUAUCUGCCUUUUAUAACUGAGCUGCUAUGUUAAGUUUUUUUUUAAUUUAUGUAUUAUACGAUCACAAUUGAGCAAGAACAUUUAUAAAGCCUUCACUCUAAACCUAAGAGGAUGUCUAAGUCUUUUAGCUUCAACGCUUACUAAUUUAUAAUAACGUUACAAAUAAAGUGUUUUAUUUUCAGUGGA